AUGAAGAAAUCGGUCCAAGACAAGCAGACGAUCGUUCCCCUAGAGGACGUGCAUCGUUCCAGCUCAGAGGCGUUCGAUCAGUCGGCGUCCAUGUCUCCAGGAGCGCUGCUGAGGGCGGAGAUCAGAGACCUCUCGUCGGGCAUCGCCGAGAAAUGCGCCUUUGACGAGGGGAGCAGGGCCGACGUGCCGCCGCUGUUGAGCUCCAAGGAUGACUCGGAGCCGAUAGUCGGCGAUGGGUCGAACAUAGACUGCUUCCUCCCUCCCGACAAAGUCAUCGACCUCCAGCAGGACAACUCGGCCGGGGAGCAGGGGAAGUUCCAGUCGGAGAUACUGGACCGGGACGCUGGUGGGGAGUCCUUCGACUCGAGCAGGGAGAGUACUUUCGAGAACAUUCCGUUCAGAUGGGAGAACGAGCCCCAAGAUAGCCCGAAAGCGUGUGACGAUGCCGAAGCGCCAAGGGUAAGAGCGUUCCAGCUGAUCAACGAUAAGGACCUGUUGAUGGUCAAGAGCGAGCAGGAAUUCAAGAGCUUCCUGGGCUGUGGGUCGGAUGAUCUCGUGAAGGUCGUCUCGAUGUUCGGCAACACCGGGGACGGCAAGUCUUACACCUUGAACCACUGCUUCUUCCACGGACAAGAGGUCUUCGGAACCUCCGACUCGCAAACUUCCUGCACAGCAGGAGCGUGGAUGGCGUACAACGUGGAUCACAAGGCAAUCGUGAUCGACACGGAGGGCAUGCUUGCGGUGUCGGAGAACGAGAACGAGAGGAAGAGGUUGCUGCUCAAGAUCCUGGCUGUCUCGGACCUGGCGAUCUACGUGACUCGUGCUGAGCGGCUCCACCAAGACAUGUUCCAGUUCUUGGAGGACGCAUCCACUGCUUUCUGCAAAUACUUCCAGUCCGAGCUCGAGGCUGUCGCUGUCAAGACGGGAGUGCAGACGAUGGUGUCGUCGGUGGGCCCGGCCCUCAUCAUCUUCCACGAGACUCGCAACACUGAAGUUCUCAAGAGUGACGUCACCUCCAACCUGGUGGAGCGAUUCACGACAGCCUCCAACAAGGAGAUCCGCUCCUUCCCCCUCGCCUACUCCGACGUCCAGUACGUCGGUUCCCGCAAGCCUGAAGGCCAUAAGACCGACUUCUCCCCGCUGCAGCUCGCCAUAGCCAGCAGCCUUGCCAAGUGUACGGUAAGGAUACACCGGGCCCCGCAGGUGGUCUAUCAACAGAUUGUCUCCCUCAACGACAAGUUCUCGGGUCAGCUCCCGACGCACUGCGGCAACAUCCUCCCCGACGUCUUGUUCCGCUGCCCCCACCGCUGCUUCGCCUGCGGGCUGCAGUGCAACCAGACGGUCAGCCAUGACGUGCUCAAGUCCCCGCACUCUGUGGAGGGCACAUGCAAGUUUGUUGCCUGCUACGGCAACGAGGAGUACACGUGCCAGGAGUGCUACCGGCAGGGGCAGCGGCGGGUAGUGGCAAAGGUCGACAGCGUGACGUUGGGGGUCGUGUGGGGGGCCCAGUGGCACUGCCCCAAGUGCAAGGUCGUCUACUCGGAGAACUUCUACCACCACGAUCGCCAGAAGUUCCUGGAGAAACUUCGACCAGAGUGCACGCACGUGUGGGAGGAGAGUGUGGUGGGAGGAGAAGCGGCGGGGAACACGGCGAGGAAGGCGAUCGAGACCAUCAGAAACUAUGCCGGGGUGGUCGCUGCGGUAGGAGACAAGCCGGUCAACGCGGCGCUGGUGGCGGUGAAGGACUGGACGCGACCGGCGUACUGGGCCAAGGACGAAGACAUCGUGGCAUGCCGGCAGUGCGCACGUGGGCUGGCGACGAGCUCGCAGAAGCAUCACUGCAGGAGGUGCGGGGAAGGAUUCUGCGACACGUGCUCGACCGGGAGGAUCCCCGUGAGGGAGCGAGGAUGGAUGAACCCGGUGAGGGUGUGCGAUACCUGCCUGGAGAUCCUGUCGAGGGAGGAGGAGAUGCUGGCGAGCACGGCCAAGGAGCGAGAGGAGGAAGUGUGGCAGGAGGACUCGGAUGAGGAGGUCUGCGUCCUCAACGAUGCUGCACACAACUUGCCGUCGGAAGAAUGCAAGCAACCAUUCCUGCCCUCUGGGAUGUGGGAGGCUGUCCAGGCAUGUGGAGGAGGCGGCAACCCAAUCUUCCACGGAAGGGGAUCGAGACACUAG